UCAGCUGACAGUGAGUGCAGUAGUAGAAAGUUCACAUACACAGUAGUACAUUUUAGAUUUUGACAUGUUGCUUUGUCUCUUAAUGUACUUAUAACCACAGCGAGAGAAAACUGAGGAAAGUUAACAGGAAGUGGCAUCUGGAAGUGCUCAGAAGUGAGUGGAAGAAGUCGUCUCCCAGCAACAACAAAAAAGUGAAAUAUGGGCAGUGAGUACCAACCACUGACUUCAGCAGAGUCAUGCUUAUUCAUAGAGACGUCAGAGUGCUUUAUAUGCAGGGAUGUUGAACUUCAAGCCAGUGACCCACUGAGGAAUUUCUGUAACUGCAAGAAUUUACUUGCCCAUCACGUGUGCCUGUCCACGUGGAUCCGGAAGGGAUUUGGGAGUGAAGACAGGCUGCGCUGCAUUAUCUGCAAAGCCAAGUACCAGCUCCAGAGGAGUUCUCCAUGGUGGUCGCUGAGCUUCCAGUGGCAAACGUGGCUUGCGCUGAUCGCUGCGUGUGUUCUGCUGGCUCUGGUACCUUAUGUUGUUUACUGCAUGAUGACCACCUUCACCAACCCACCUCCUCCCAACACCUUUAAAGUGGCAGCAACCUCUUUUGGUCUGCUGACAGAGAUCCUCCUAAUCAAGUGUCUGUCCAGCUACAUCUGCAGUCGUUACCGGCAGGCUGAGCAGAGCUCCUUCACAGUCCGGCCCAGAGGCUUUGACGGGGACAGAACGAGUCCGGGCCAAUGGGAUCAGUCUGUGGCCCCGGUGGCGGCAGGCCGCGCUUCAUCGACGGCCUCACCCAGUCAAGUGGAUGCAAGGAAAGGGGAUAUGUUGAAGAGUGGAUGUCUCAAAUUUUUCUGAACCACAAACAGAAUGAGUUUACAGAAUACAGGGUCAUAGUAAAUCCUAUGGGUAUUAGCCAUUCAAGAUAUCGCAGCAGUUUAUCAGCGUGGCAAUAAUGAGAUCUUAUACUUUAAACCCUGUUUCCGAGGUGUCAAAUAUUCUGGUGUCAAACCCUUACACUCUUUAUUCAGUGGGUAUAUUCUCACAUAUUGCAAAUUGAUCAUAAGUAAGCUAAUGCACGCAGCUUGCAUGUUCAGGCUCCGGGAGAGACAAAAAAAAGCCUUGAAUCACUCUCUUUCCUUAAUGAUGUCCACACAGAGACAAUGGGGCGCCGCUCUGAUUAGUGUCACCUGUCCUUGUGCAUCUCAUCAGCUCCAUUAUGGCUCCAUCUCCCAUGCUUCUCCUGCUAAUUGAAUAGCCUGUGAAGUGGUGACGAGGACGGGGGCGAGAGCAACGUCUGUUCCGCUGCUGCUUCAGAAAUGAGAGUGAAGCUUCCCAGUGAGACACCACUGUGGUUCUUAAAACAUAAAACCAUUAUCAUACAGAUGGAAAAAGUGCUAUCAAGUAGCCCUGAUGUUAUAUUACCUUCAUAUCGUCUACGGAUUUAUAUAUAACAGCUUUCAAUUAGCUAUAACUAAUAUCUGUCCGUUAAAUAUACUGUAAGGCUACAGCCAGCAGCUGGUUAGCUUAGCUUAGCUGGGGGGUGGGGGGGUUGACCCUGUACUCACCUGUCGUUUUUUUUUCUAUGUGGAUCAACGUAUAUUCACCUGCAGUUACUGGCUUUUUGCAGUGUUGACAGGGAAUUCUCAGAGAAAAAUAAGACUGAAGUUAAACAGGUAGUACAAGACAAGCGUGAGUAGGCUUAAAUUCACUAAUGGGGGUGGCCUGAAAGACGGAAGAAUGCUCUGUCAGUAACAGUCACUCCUUUUCUAAUGAGCUAAAUGUUUAUUACAGUAGUUAUGACUGUGUGGUGCCGGUGUGUGACUGAGUGAAGCCAAAAAAAGGCCGGACGGACUACAGGCGCAUGUCAUUAAAGACCCAAUUAUCUUUACAAGGUCCAUCCUGUACUAUUCCAGUACUUGUUAAACACAUGUACAGCGCAAAUCUAUCAAUCAUUAAGUCUGUUCCCAAAAAGGCCAAUGUGUGUAUGGUGAAUGACCAUACACGCCAUCAGUUCCGUGCUAGUCAUCUAACUUCCUCUGUGGUACAGAUGACGCACUGCUAUGUUAAAUAUCACUACGCUAUGUUUUAUUUGAUUUUGUUCUGCUUUUUAACUCAGAACUAUGAAGACACGUCUUUUUACAAAGACUCACUGAUCUUGGGGUCAAUUGUGACUUCUUUCUGAUGGACCACUCCGAGUCUCCGUCGGUGGAACAAUGUCUGACUCGCUAACUGUUGGUACAGGUGCUCCUGAAGGAUGUGUUCUUUCUCCUGUACUGUUCUCCCUGUAGAAAAAUUAAUUGAAGAUGACAUAGCUUUAAUUAGGGCCCGACCCCAAACGUGCCAGAGAACCAUGAAAUUUGUUGGGAGCAUUGCAAAAUAUUUUUUCCCCUCCUAACAGGAAGUCAGCCAUGUUGGAUUUUGUGCGUUGAUUUUAAUUUCACGAACACGUUUGAGGACUUUAGGAGUAACAAAAACUCACCCAUGUUCGAUCUCUGGGUCAGUCUGCUGUACAACAGAGGUUUCACAGAAUCGUCGACUAUUUGAAUAUUCGACCAUCAAAACUACUAAUCGAUGUGGUGCAUUAUUGUCAAAUAUUCGUUAAUCUCUGGUUUUAACAUGGUGCAGUAAUGAAGUAGUGGCAAGUAAUGGCAGAACAUUAUGCAUGUAAUUACAUCAGAUAUGCAGAAGGGGCGGUGUGGGUUAACAAGUCAUAGUUGGUGCAAGGCAGUAAACUUGUGUAAAACUGUCGCGAAAGUUUGUAUGAGAGUUCAACUAAGUGUUCCUAUUGGCAGCAGCCUUGCAGUGACUGUUAUAUCGUUGCUCGAACAUCAGUGGAUAACAACAAAUUAUGUGAAAGCAUCCGUCUUGUGUAUAAAUAUGAAGUUGAAGUCAAGUUAUAUGGCGAUAGCAAUCUGCUUUCCAACGCUGUGACAAACGUGUGUGAAUGCAGCAUUAAGUUGUUAACUUUUACUCAUUUAGCGGCUGGCUUGCUAAUUCCAACAUGCUGGUUACAGAAAAUGAUCCAAACAGCAGGCUCGUGGCCAGUGGCAGCGCUGGAUUUAACAGUCUCUCCGGCGCUACAAGACUACUUCAACAGGAGGAGAUCAGAGAUACCUUCCGCUCUUCUCCUGGCGUAGUCUGCCAGCAGCGGGGAGCACCACAGGGUGCGCUAGCUAGCUUAUUCUUGUCUAAUUUGUGGUCUCCUUAAAGAUAAAUUGCUCUGAUUACAACGAGAAUGUGGCAUCAUAUUUACACAAGACAGAUCCUUACCUAACCCAUUAGACAAAAUCCAAAAUGAGGAUAAUAAAUGGCCUGUAGGGACUGAGAGUACUGUCACACACGGAUGCAUAUUUUGUAUUUUAUCGCUUUCAUUAAGGCGUUUCAUUGUGGUGAGUAGGCUAUGCUUUGAAUUUCUGUUUGCACUGUUUAUAGCCUAUUUUCUGUUUACACUUGCUAUCUGAGGAAAAUGUGUUAAUAAUCUGUGUCAGCUCAUUCCUCUGUGCCAGCCGCUAUUGAUGUUUUUCAAUAAAUGAAUAUCAUUCAUAAACUUCA